GUAAAGAGUAGAUGAUAAAUAAAAUCAAGGGCUGAGAAUGAAGAUAGAUCCAGCUUUCCACGAGGCUAUAGACUAUAGAGGUGGGUUAGGCAGAGAGAGCUGAAUGAAAUGAAAUACUCUUCUACUUCUUCAGAAAAAGUUAGAUGAGGUAGGACUUAGGAGUAGCUGUAGCCUGUAGAGAGAGAAACACUGAAACUAGAGAGAGAAAUCAAUACUAGAGCAACCCAAAAGUGAGAGAACAACAAACCAAAGGAAGAUCUUUCUACUUUAUGAUUAUCGGAAAGAUCUGAAGAAGAAGAAUAAGUAAUUCAAUCAAUUUACUAUUAGCCGUUUGUCAAUUGAAUAUCUGGUUUCCGGCGAGAUUUCUAAGAAGACAAAUCAGGAGUCAGAGAUAUGAGAUUGAUUAGCUGAUUCAUUUCUGUAUUUGAAUAAUUAAGAUGAUGGAUAGAAAUAGAGAAGCUAGAAGAACGGCGGCUAUUGUUAAUGGGUUGCCUAGAAGAAGACAUAGAACCACCACUGGCGGCAGUUUAAGAGAGUCUCCAGAUGAUGUAAGUCCCAUGGAAUUACAGGAGACGGCGGCUCGAUUAAGAGAUCGACCAGGUAAAAAAGAUAGAGAUCGAGACUUACGGGAGAGGGAUAGGGAUAGAGAAAGAGAACGGGACAGAUUGGGGACAAAACGAAGAAGAGGGGAUAAAUACUCACGGAAUAAAGAAGACGGUGGUGUAGAUGAUGACAGUUCUGAAGAAAGUAUAAAUGAUGAAGAAGAUGAAGACGAUGAUGGUCGGCUACGCUAUAUACCGCCGGCUAAUCAGAUUCCGAUGUCAUCGUCACCGGCUGCUUCAAAUCUGACCAGUCACCGGAAAAGUUAUCCUCCGCCGUCUAAGGCAUUUCGAGUUGCUCCCACCUGGAAAGCUUCUGAUGAAAUGAUCGGAGUUCCUAUUCCAAGAAAAGCUCGGUCAGUUUCAACAAAGAGAGGACAUGAUUGGAGUUCAGCAGCCGUCGGGGAGCAGAUACACCGGCAACCUUCAUCUUCUCCGGUGAGUUUAGCUGCAGCAGGAACAACGACAGUUCCAUUACCAUCACAAGGACCUCAUAUGUCACCGUCGUCAUCAACUGUUUCAAUCAAGAAGAAAAUUAAGGCUAAUGGACCACCCAAACAAAGGCCACCAAAAUUUGCAUCAAAAUCUUCAUCACCUACAACUCAGGAUGAGAUUGAAAUUGCAGAGGUUUUAUAUGGUUUGAAGAGGCAAUCUCAAGCACCGUCUAAACAAGAUGGAAUGAUGCCAAAUGAUUCAGCCAAGUUGGAUUCUAGAUCUGUUGUUGAUUCUAAAUCCAGAAUAUCAUCUCCUGUUCCAAAUUCAUCAUCUGCUUCAGGUCUUGCUAAUAAUUCUUCUUCAUCUACUCCUCCCUUAACCACCAUUGCUCCGAAGAGAAAAAGACCACGGCCAUACCCGGAAGAAAUUCCAGGUGGAUUGGGUCCUCGGAGCAGUCCCGUUUCGUCAGCUGCAAAGGCAGAAGUAGAUCAAGCUUCAAAACCGGAGGUAGCAUCUCCAAAUACAGAGAAGAAUUUGGGAUCCACCAUUCAAAACGGAGGCGAUUUGGCGAACUCCCAGGAACAUACGGCGGAGACAAUACCGUCGGCAGUCGGAAAUACUAGUGUUAUCCAAUCAGAUACAAAGCCAAAUUUGGUAGAAGAAUCAAAAGGGAUAAGAAAUGGGGUUGUGAGAGCUAAAGUGGAGGAAGCUUCCUCAACCCCUAAAUUGGAAUCUGCACAAAAUCACGAUCGUGUUGAAUCCUCCACCACAUCCACUAAACCAACUUCAUCCCCAGUUGAGCCAGAAAAUCACAAGGAAGAGAAGUUUGAGAUAGAUCUUAUGGCACCACCACCACAAUCAAGAACAUCACCGGAGAGAGAGGAAGAAAUGGCGGAAAACGGAGGAGCAGGUGAGAAGCCUAUGGUCAUGGAUAGGAAGGCGGAAGCAAAUCCCAAAGAAGAUGAUAACAAAGUUAAUGGUGGUGAUGUGGAAUCACAUCUAGCUUUGGGGGGCAAAUGUGAAUCCACAGAUAGAAAGGAGAAACAAACAACAAUUGAUCUUCAGCUUGAUUUGCAGAAGUUUAGUGUUAAUGACGACAAGUUAAAUAGUCAUAAGCAACAGCCUUCACCCCCCAAGAUCAACAGAGAUGAUUAUACCAAUAACACAAACAAGCAUGGUGGCCAAUCUGGUUCAGCGCCUCUGGCAAUGUCAGUACCUGGAGUGUAUGGAGGGCUUGCACCACCCAUGGGAUAUGUGGGACCUUUGCAAGGAGUUGUUUCAAUGGAUGGGACCCCAAUGGCUUCUCCCCCAAUUCAGACACCACCGUUCAUGUUCUCGCGACAACAGCCGAAGAGAUGUACAACUCAUUGCGACGUUGCCAAAUCCAUUUCGAUGCAUCAGCGAGUCAUGAAGAUGAAUACUUUCUGGCCAGCCGCAGCGGCUGCCCCGAUUUUUGGUGCCAAGCCUUAUAACUUGAAUAUGGUGCCUUCAGAUAACAAAGGCCAACCUUUCACUUACUUUCCUGGUCAGCCUGCUGCUUCCUCUAAAGACAAGUCUCAGACCCCUAAUGUUCCCGAUUCUUCCCAGAAGAAGCAAUUUUUACUCCAGCCCGUGUUGCCUCCUGGUGCUCCUCCCAAUACCAUUUUGCAGGCCCCUGCUUUGUUCUUUCCGGUGAAUCAGCAACAGCCUGCAGUGGCAAAUGUUCGCCCCAGUUCCGCAAAAUCACCAUCAACUGUGGGGUCUGCACCUUCUAAUUCUGUUUCGACUUCAGGUCCUAUGGGUACUCCUGCUGCUUUGAAUGCAUCUACCCCCACAAUGAGCUUUAGUUAUCCAAACAUGGGUAGAAACGAGACCCAGUAUAUGACAAUUCUGGGAAAUGGGGCAUACCCUUACCCUAUGACUGCACAUGUUGGAGCAGCUCCCCCUUAUAUGGGGGGUUCUCAUCCUCAAGCAAUGUCAUUCUUCGACGGUUCUUUUUAUUCUUCACAAAUGCUUCAUCCUUCACAACUGCAACAAGGUGCACCGUCUUCUCAGUCUUUGCCAAUACAGCAGCAAAGUCAACAGAAUGCUAGUCUUUCUACUUCAUCCUCAUCUUCCCAGAAGCAUAUGCAGAGUCAACAGAUCCGGCCCCAUGGAAGCAGUAUACCUAGUGCUGGGAAUCUGAACCAAGGCUUGCAGAAUUUUCAAGCCACCACCAAAGCUCGGACUUCUCAGCUACAUCAUGAAAUGGGCAGUGAGGAUAGCCCUUCUGCUGAUAGUCGUACCCGGCCAAACACGAGUGUCUAUGGGCAGAACUUUGCAAUGCCCUUCCAUUCUCCCAACUUUGCUUUAAUAACUCCGCCUACUUCAAUGGGUGGUGCUGGUGGUGGGGGUAACAAUGCUGCUGGUGUUUCUAAUGGUAACCUUGGUGAUAAGCAACAGCAACAAGCUCAACAGACUCAUACUUUUCCUAUGUCCUUUGCUGCUCCCAAUGGUGCUACAGCUCCUGGUUUUGAUAUUUGUUCAAUGGCGUACAAUCCUGCUAUAUUACAGAGCAUUCCGGAGGCUGCCCUACAGAACUAUAAAAAAAUGGCUGCAGCUGCUGCAGUUGCAGCAGCAUCUCAAGCUGCACAGCAAAAAAACAGUUAUCGGGGUCCAGAAGAUGGGAAAGCAGGAUCUGCUGCUGCCACAGACUCCUCUAAUAUGAACGAGGAGAGGAAAACCAUGGCUGCUCGUGCUUCAGCAGCUACAGUUGGGCAAUCUAUUGCUUUUUCAAGGGAUGUAUCGGACAAUUCAGUUUCUUCGAUGGUGGGGAACAAUGUCGUUGAUAGCUCAGCUCGAAGUCUUAAUAAUCUUAGUCAUGGCUCAUCUGCUCGUCCAAGCCGUUCGUCAGUGCCAACUUCAGUUAGUAAUUCUAAUGCUUCCAAUCCUCAGCAUCCACAGCAAAUGCUCUUUCCAAAACAACAGCAGUAUGUAGUUCCUAAUGCUUCUGGUGGGCGUAGCAAGAUUCCCUCGACGACUAAUGGAAAUGUCUAUCCUGAUCAUAUUACUUCAUCACCCGUCAUGGUUUCUAAGUUUCCCAACUCUUUGUCUGGUUUUUCGACUCUUGUACAGACAAGUGGAGGCCCUGUACAGUCUCCACAGUUGAAGAAUAUCACCAGGCCAAACACAUCGCAAGUUUCUUCUCCUUCGGCUUCUACUUCAAUGGCCUCCAACACGAAGAACCUUCCCCAGCAGCAAGGAAGGUCUCAACAAAACCACACUCAAAUCUCCUUUGGGGCUACUGCAGCUAACCCUAAGCCAUCCUCAACAUCACAAGGGCAGCAAGCCCAGAACAACAAUCAAGCCCCAUCAUCCCCUAUGCUGGUUGGAUCCCCAUCAACCUCCUCGGUGUCCAAGGGAGCUAGUGGAAGCCCCAGGAAUACGCCAAGUGGCAACAAAGCGGGGGCUCAAGGAUCAACAUUACCAUCUCAAUCAGGGAGAAACUCACAAUCUCCAUCUAUGUCCACCCAAAAACCAUCCAUCUUUGGUAACCUUCAAAUCAUGUUAAAUUCAACCUCUGGUGGCAAGUCCCAUUUGCAACCGUCUCAGCAGCGAGCAUUGUCAAUGCAAAGUAUACAACAAACUCAAUUGUACUUCAACAAUCCGUUUGUCCAAGCUUCAGCUAGCACGUCAGCUGCUAUGGCCGGAGGUGGGUAUCAUCCUCAAAAGCACAGACAAGAUGGUCAGCAACAACAUCAACAGGGAUCGAAAUCUCAAGCCUCGGUCCCUAUCACCCCAUCGAGUGCUAUGAUGUCAUCAUGUGCACUAGUUUCGCAAGCUAAUACCAGCACAUCUGAUCCGGCUAAGGCAGUGUCCACCACUACAGCUGCAGCUGCAGCUGCAGGUGCAAACAGUAUGAAGGACGGUGUAUCAUCACAGGGGAUCUUCCACGCAGCCCAGUUUGCAUCUCAGCCAGCCGGUGCACCUUCAUUACUGCCUGCUGGUUUUCCGUAUGUUCAUGCUGUUUCCACUGCAGUCCAGGUGAAAUCAGCUGAGCAGAAGCAACCUGCCGGUGAGUAGAAUUCAUGACCUUAAAUGCUUAAAUGAGAUAUUGGAGAAAAGGGGACCUUUGAAUUCGGCAAAGCAAUCUUUGGGGGUCUCCUGUAUAGCAGAAUGUCAAUUUAAAUGCUUGUUGGCAGACUGAAAAGAAAUGACAGGCGAGAUUGCGGAACAAAUGUUGACGUUGCUCGGUGCUCAAGUCAAGAAGCAAGACUUUGAUGGAAUUGCGAUGCUCAAAAUCGACGAUCCUUGCAAUUAUCAUUGGAGUUGAGAUGGGGUGGAACUAAAAUAAUCAGUUUGAUGAAUUUAUGGUGAUUUCUCCAUUUUGUGAAACAGUGAAGAAAUGUGGAGAACAUAGGAAGAAAGUGAUAAAAUGCCAUGUUUUUGGUGUCAUGUGAAUCCACUUUUGAAGGGCUAUUAAAUUUUGAUGUAAGAACAUAAGUUUCCUUCUUCCCUUAGAAAAAAAAAAGUAAUUUUAGUACCUUUUUUCUAGUAUGCUAUCCAUGGCUGUUUUUUUUUUUUUUUUUUUUUUUAAAUUUUUUAUUUUGUAUUUUAGAUUUUUUAUUUUAAAAUUAUUACUCCUAGUCCUAGUUGGUAGAUAUUAUUCCUAUUAGAUUAAAUGUAUUGUACAAAUGCAGUGGGAACUAGAAGGUAUAUAAUGUAUAGUUUUCUUGAAAUCUAAUCGAAUUAUUUAAUUUGACCUGAAA